GCUACGGCGGCAUUUCGCCCCGCACCCAGUGGGGCCGCGUAGCCGCCCUCGUCUACGCCCUGUUCGGCAUACCCAUCGUGCUGCUGUACCUGUCCGCGAUGGGCGAGGCAUUGUCCGCCGGCAUGCGCUGCCUGUUUCGGCGUCAACGUGCCAAGGGCAGCGUUGCCAGCGGCAGCGGCCCCACAGCCGGGCCGAGCGGCAGUCGCAAAUCGGACAAGGCCAAGGGCCAGCAAUACGGUCAUUCGGCGGCCAAGCUCCACCAAUACGGCCUCCCACCCUCGGUAUAUCAGCAGCAGCAACAACAGCAGCAACAACAGCAGCAACAGCAACAGCAGCAGCAGCAGGGCAGAAAGUCAGCUUCAGAUGGCAGCGUACGCGGCUCCCCCAGUGUGCCCAUCUCGAUCUGUGUGUGUGUCCUUGUCUGCUAUGUGACCAGCGGUGCGAUACUGUUCCAUAAGCUGCAGAACUGGAGCGUGCUGGAGUCCCUAUACUUCUGCUUCACCUCGCUGGGCACCAUCGGCUUUGGGGAGCUGGCACCCAGCGGCACCUUGACCCUGUACACGGCCUCGGCCUAUAUAUUGGUGGGCAUGGCCGUGGUGGCCAUGUGCUUCAGCCUGAUCCAGACGGAGAUUGUUAUGUGGCUGCGUCGUUUCAGCGUUCAGGAUCAUGUCACGCCCAAGGCCGAGGAGCUGGCUCUCGUCUCGGUGGCUGUAACGCCCAAGCCCUCCUGACAACGACCCAGCGCAGAACUAAUGGGCGCUGGAGCUGCCACGGCUGGCGGCCAGGCUGCCAACAAUCUGGGCCAGCAUCAGACCAUGUUCUUUGGACCGGCGCACACACUGACCCAGUAUAGCUCACUGCCACGUCGCAGUCACAUGCAUGGACUCGGAGGUAUAGGCGCUGGCAAUGGUGGAGCCGGGGCCGGGGGCGGAAUGGGCGCCUCAUCAUCGGCCUUUCAACGCAACACGCCCAUAAGACGCUCCACAGGCAUACCGGAGCACCACAUGGAGUACUUUGUGCCGCGCAGCAUUAGCGAAUUUAAUCUGUCCGGCGUUGGCGACUUGGCGCUGCCUCCGCCGCGCCGCUUCUCGCCGAACAACAUGACCGGCAUGGGCCUGCCCAUGGGCGUUGGCGUUAACAUGGGCCUCAACAUGGGCAUGGGCAUGGGCAUGGGCAUGGGCAUGCCGCACGGCCUACAGCUGGGACCGCCGCAGACGCUGCUCUGUGCCGCUGCCGCAGGCGGCGCCACGACAUCAGCAGCACCCCCACCGCCGCCGCCCGCCCAGCUGCAGAUAAUGACAUUGAAGCCGCGCAGCGAAAAAAUGGUCACUUUCGAGGAUGAGUCGAAGUCUGCCGCCGCUGCCGCUGCCGCUGCCACACACUGUCCGCACGGUGUGCCAACCACGCCGCGCAAAUCGAGCGGCGGCGCCACCACAGCGGACAUGUUCAUGUGACCAACCAGCUGACCAGCGGCCGGCGCAGAUGACGCCGAGCUGAACGCAGCGCUGCGACUGCGCGACAGCAUCGAGAACGAGCUCUGCCCCAAGCAGGCGCCAGGCGAGGUAAUCCGCGUCUAA